AUGCCGAGUAUUAAUCACUGCGAUGAGGCCUACUUAGUACCCUACCCCCACCUUAAAUUCCUAAAGAGCCGCGCGAUUUCGAAGAACGAUGAUGAGAAAGUUUGGUCAAGGACCAAUGCUAGGGUCGGUGUUAAAGAUGCCGGCAAUAUGGUUUUGGGUUUGAGCCAAAACUUGAGUUUGUACGUGCAAUUUUCAACUUCGGUGAAGCGAGGAUCGAAGCCCGGCAAAGUGGAAGAGGAGAAGCAGGAUUAUUACGUGAAUAUAGGUUACGCUAUUUGGACCUUGAGAGAGGAGUUCCUGGACACCUUCUAUAGAGAGCUCAUUUUUUAUAUUUACAGAGAAGAAGCAGUUGUGUACAUUAAUGGCACCUUUUUUGUACUGAGGGAGUUAAAUAAGCCUGUUGAUACCCUAAAGCAUGUCGGAAUUACUGGACCUGUGGUGGAACACAUGGAGGCAUGA